AUGCACACAUUCUCUAAGCUCUUUCUAGCUGCUCUCUCGUUGACCACCCUGGUUGGUGCUCGUCAUCAGUCGCGUGCGCACUCGCGUCAUCUCCGUACUGCUGUCCGUGGGCGGUCUACCAACAAAACCUACACCAUUCAAGACUUUUAUCAGGGGGAGGAUUUCAUCAAUAAUUGGGAUUUUUUCACUGGUUCGGACCCCACUGGUGGCAAUGUCAACUACCAAAGCAAAUCGGACGCACAGUCUAAGGGACUUGCAUAUGUCAAUGACUGCGAUAAUUCGACGGUUCUUGCAGUUGAUUCAACCAGCACCGUUGCUGCCGGCGGCAAUCGUGACUCUGUUCGUAUCACAUCUCAGAAGAGCUACAACGGCGGUCUCUUUGUCAUUGACGCCUCGAACAUGCCUGUCGGCUGCUCUACGUGGCCCAGUUUCUGGACCGUUGGUCCAAACUGGCCUUCGGCGGGUGAAAUCGACAUUGUCGAGGGCGUGAAUAACCAGGCGACAAACCAGAUGACACUUCAUAGUGGCACCAGCCAAAGUUGUACUAUCGGAAAGUCAAAUAGUAGUACCGAUGAGUUUACUGGCCACGUCCUUGGGACAAGCUGUUACAGCACCCCGACUGCGGAUGCAGGCUGCGGCGUUGAGGACACGGACACAAGGUCUUUUGGAUACGGCUUCAAUAAUGCGGAGGGUGGUGUCUUUGCACUCCUUUGGGACAACUCCACUGGCAUGUCGAUGUGGCACUUCGCUCGUGCUGAUAUCCCUGCGGAUCUUACGGCCCAAAUGCCCAACCCUUCCACUUGGAUUCCUCCAGCUGGUUUCUGGUCUGCAAAGAGUUGUGACAUAUCAGCUAACUUCUACGACCACCAGAUGGUCAUUGACACUACUAUCUGUGGCAACUGGGCAGGUGGUGCCUACUCCAGUUCUGGAUGCCCAGGAACGUGCUCAGAUAUGGUCGCCAAUGCUACUAACUAUGUCGAUGCCAAGUGGGUUAUCAACUACGUCGCCGUCUACCAAUGA